GGUAGCAAUGUAGAUCCAUACCUGUGUACUAGAAACCAGAUAAGCUUUUCACCAUGGCAUACCACUCGUCUCAGGGCAGCAGUAUAUUAUCAACCAGGGAGAAGUUUGGCAACCCCUAAUGUCCGAGAAUAAGUCCUCCCUUCACCUCCACCACCAGUUGCAAGCGCUAUCCAACCCAGCUAGGGCAGGACAUCACGGUGGCCACUGGAACUAUGGUGCCUGUUGGACCACGGACCCUGGCAGGGAUCAAGCUACCCACGGUCAAACUUGACACCACCCUCACCGAACUUUACCAAAAGGCAUGCCCCAAUAAGGCUGGCACACGAUUGGGUUGGAUAUCCUGCGGCGUCACCAGCGCCGUUGACCUCACACCGGACUUUCCUCGUAACACCAAGUUCAUCUACCAGGACCAGGCCUUCAUCAAGGCUUCCAGCCAUGCGCUCAGGGAAGGCAACGCCAACCUCCGGCGGUCACUUGCCAACAAGUAUCUCAGUCACAUCCCUCAACGCGACGCCUUCGUCUCUGGCAAGGCGGUUGUGAUACUCUUCAAUCUGGGACGGACCCCAGAGCAAGUCGAGCACGGCCGCCGCGAAGCCGAGGACACCAUCUCGGUCCUCGACCCGUCCCAGCGGCCGGAGCUGAUCUUCUGUCCCGGCCCGUCCGACAUCCCUGUGAAGGAGCACGGCAUCGACAGGCUCGAGUACAAGGUCGUGCUCGACGGGUUGGACAAAUACCCCUUAACCCACGAUCUCGAAACCCACUGGAUGCUCAACAGCAAAGCCGCCCUAGCCCGCUCCGGCCUGCCCACCCCUAAAUCAGACCUCAUUGAGACCCCACACCCCCCCCCCUCCCGCAGACUCAUGUUGCAGCCAACAACCCGCAUCCUCGACGCCGUCCGGGCCCGCCCCACCCCCUUCGUCUUCAAAACCCAACAAGCCUUUGGCGGCGCUGGCACCUGGCUAGUCACAACGGACGCACAAAAGUCCCAACUCCUUGCCGACCUCGGCGGGAAAGAAGGAGAAGACCGCAACCCAGAAAGGGGCAACGAAGAAGAAGACGAGCCCGGCCUGCUCGCCCGCCUCCUCCCGCUCCUGACCCCGCACAACGCGCACCUCUCCCCCACCACCGUGCUACUCACCGACCUCAUCACCAACCCCACCUCCGACCACGGCCUGACCUUCACCGUGGCCCCCUCCGGCGCAGCCCACUUCCUCGGCGCGUCCUCCCAGAUGCUCACCGCGGCCGACGGCAGCAGCAGCAACAACAGCAGCAGCAGCAGUAGCGGCAGCGCGUGGGUGGGCAGCACGAUCGCGUACGCGGCGCAGGGGCCGCUGCGGGCGCGGUUCGCGCCGCUGGUGGGGCGCAUCGCGCGGUGGGUGGCUGCGCGGGGGUAUGCGGGCCCUGUUGGGGCGGACGUGCUCGAGGAUGGGGAGGGGCGGUGGUUUGUGGUGGAUCUGAAUGUGCGUACGUGCGGGAGUGUGUCGUUGCCGUUGUUGAGGGGCCAUUUUACGGGGAGGGGGUUGAUGUGGGCGAGCUGUUUGUCGGUGGCGGUUGGUGGGGGGAGGAGGGAGUUUGUGGAACGGUGGAGGGGGGAGUUGGAGAGGGGGAGGAUGGUUGUUUUGAGUUGGUGUGAGGAUCGGGAGGAGGGAGGGAGUAUUGCGGAUGUGGUGGUUGGGGGGGAGGAUGAGGACCGGCUGAGGGAGCUGAUGGGGAGGGUGAGGGCGAGUACGGAGGAGAUGACAUUCUGAAUGAAAGCAUUGACUGGGUAAGGUACCUGGUUAAUCAAGUGUUUUGGGCAACAGAUCGCAGACUAAGGGGGAGUGGGGAAGCAAGUUAUUUCAUGGCCGGUUUUGGUUUGAUGGCUAGAUCAACAUGGCAACACAAGUAUUUGACUUACAAGCCGCAGCUUUGGAAAAGGGGAAUGAAGUGCCUCUGAAACCUUAAUAGGGAAGCGGUUCCCAGGUAGUGUAAGGGGCACUACUUUGGCGUGAAGUAAAUCGAUAAAGCAUAACACAAUUUAGCUUUUUACACAGUCAAAGAGCGG